GAUAGGUGGUGGCAGAAGAUUUCUCCCCGCCGCUGACCAGAACCGCGACCUGAUCCACUAAAGUGACGCAAUAUUCAGCCAAUCGACAUACGGACACGUGAAAUCUGUCCAAUUCGCAAAUCCAGUGGGCUGAGCAAAAGUACGGUGGCCGCAUUGCUUCGCUGAGCUAUGUGGCUGUCUGUUUGGACGUUAACCAGGCGCCGGGGAGGCAUGCAAUUGAAAGGGAAGGGGAGGGUAAAGUUGUCUUUCCGAGUCGAAGUUGCGGCGCUAGUUAAUGUUAAGGAUAGCCCACUGCCUACUUACUGAGCGUCCCGGCUGUGGAGAUGCUCAGCUAAAUUGUUAGCUCUUCGGCCCGCUUUUCUUGCAUUAGGUCCAUACCAUUAUAGGGUGGAAGAUGCCAGUUUUCUUUAUGUCUGACCUGCCCACUCUCGACCUAGUUCCACUGCUAAGUGCUGCUAUCUGAAGUGAAACCGAAAUGUCAAGGGGCAGUCUUUGUGAUCGGUAACAGGACGGCCUAUUUUUUCUCAGCAGUACUGGUCAUCGUGAACACUCUUUUGGUAGUUACUAAAUCAAGAGGAUUUAAUUUUUACGCUGUCGUCCGCUGUCCUGUGAAUCCAACCUAAGACCAUGGCAGACGACAGCACCCAGUUCUGUGAAAACUGCCAACGCGACAUCCCGGACGCCAGUUUCCGAACGCACGACAUCCACUGUCGCCGGAACAUCACGCUAUGCGAGCUCUGCGCUGAACCGGUGCCGCGCGCGUCCCUGCAAAGUCACAAGGAUCAGGAGCACGCGCAGGUGCUAUGUAAAUGUGGCUUGAAGAUUGAGAAUAAAUUAAUGGACGUCCAUAAGCAGUCGGAAUGCGCUCAGCGUCUGGUUGCCUGUCCGUACUGCCAGCUAGAGCUGGCCUUCAGCCAGUCUGGGAAGCAUGAGGAGUACUGUGGAACGCGCACAGAGCCCUGCCCCACCUGCAGGUGCAACGUCAUGUUGAGGGAGCAGGCUGUUCACGCGGUGCUGUGUAGCAGCACCCUGCCCCCGGAGAGUAACAAUGCCCUGCCUGCCAGAAGCCCCGUGGACCCGGGUGCUUGGUUUGAGACCCACGCAGUCAGGAACCUGCUCAGGCCCCAGCAGACAGGCCAGAGCCAUGGAUCCCUAGGCCCCAGACCCUCAACCCGCCUGCCGUACAGCACAGUACACAACAUCACCCGGGCAUUGGGACAGCUGGGCCAGACGAAUAUUGCACCCAAGAAUACAGAUUUUGACCGCAUGAGGGAGCGAGAGGCAGAACUGUGGGACAACAAUAACAGCAGGGUGCCAUGGCCAGGAAACCGGUCUUCCCCAGAUGACACUUUCCAUCUAGACUACCUGCUGGCUCUCAGCCUGCAGAACGAUGGGGACGUGGGAGACCGCCAGGCUGAACCUUUGCGUGACCCCAUGCCAAACCCUCUGGAGAGUCUGGGAAGGCUGCACUCUAGGGAUAGCAGACUGGGGAGGACCUCCCACAUAGAUCCAUUGUCCUCCCCCUUCUCCCAGUUAUACCAGUUAUCCAACCUGAACAACAACUACAGCAGCUCCACCGCAGGCAGUGAUGUCGCCCCAGCCAGCGUGCAGACAGACACCAUGUUGCCCUGUGAGUUCUGUGAGGAGCUCUUCCCAGAGGAUUUUCUCAUUCUUCACCAGACGGGCUGCAGCCCUACCGUAGCUUUUGCAUCUUUUAGUAAAGGGACCCCCUCUCCAUGUGCUGUGGACAGGACUACAGAGAGUUUUGGAAGUGGUGCCUACAGCCCACCCAGGACCCCCAGCCCCACUGCUUUCCCUGAUGCUGUCUCGUCGCAGCCCUGCAAUCCGCCCCCUGAUUCUGCAGGUUGUUCUGUGCUUAUCCCCUGUGAGUUUUGUGGAAUUGCCCUGGAAGAAAACAUUGUCUUUCACCAUCAGGAUAUGUGUGACCUUCGUCCCCAUGCUGCAUAUUUUGAGGAUGAGCUGUCAAAGGAGAAACCACUGUUUUCUGCCAGGACGGACAGAGAGAGGGAAUCUCCAGGACCACAAAGACGACUCAGGCACCAAGACCCAGAGCAGGACCCAGAGUGGCUUGGAGAGCAGUCGGAGCUCAGGAACCUGCCUGGGAACUUGAGGGCAAGCUCUGGGUCUGGGGACCGGAAAGGAGGCACCAACAAUCAGCAGGCAUCACAUGCACAGGGUGCUAUGUGGACACAAGGGAGGGAGGCUGGUGGAGGACGGCCUGCCGGCGGAGCCAGCUCCACUGAAAGAGCAGGCAGGGGAAGGCCAGAAGGUCGCAGGAACCCGAGGAACCAUGGCACAUCCACGACUCAAGCCCCCAAAGUGCAAAAUCUGGAAGAGGAGGAGGAGUGACACCCUGCAGAUGAACCACACGCUCUCAUCUGUCCAGCCUGGCUGCCUACCUAUCACUCUUUCCUUGAACUCCUUGUCUUCUUGGGUUGUAUUACUUGUUUUAUUUUCACGUGUGUAUAUAUAUAUAGGAUUUCUAUGUGCUAAAUGUAUUCCCUUUUAAAAUGACUUUUCAUUAUUACAAACUUAACAAUAUAAAAAUUAUCCUAAAGUUGCGUGCUGGGAGUAAGCUUUACUUUGAAAUGCUAUCAAAUAUCAUGCAUAUCAGAUUAUAUAUGCUGAAUAUAAGUUAUUUGUACUCUGAGUUAUACUGCUGCUGAUUAAACUUUUUAAUAUAUAAACA